AUGUCUGCCGAGUCGCCAGCGCCCUCGUCUACUAGACAGCGCCCCGCUUCACCCGCUCUACAACCUGCUGCAGGCCAGCGGACUCCUCUUAAUCUGGCAAACCCUCCCGCCUCGCUCACAGACCCCGCGCAACCAUCCUCCCCCGAGUCGUCGCCCACCGAAUCCGACUCCUCGUCCACUUUCUCCCCCCAGCGCAUUAAGCUUCGCGAUUUAAAGCACAUCCAGACUUUAGCAAAGGAUGAUAUGCAUCCUUUUGCUGAAGAUGGCAACAAAGUCGGUGACCAGGGUCCACAGUACGAAAUCAGUGGCAUGCCCAUUGAGAACAUCAUCGAGAUGGUCGCUGGUCUCCUGACCAAGAUUACCGCCACCAACGACAGGCAACACCAGCACCUGCACCGCCAGAUGACUCCCCCUGAGGGCGGUUCGUCUUCUAGCCGGUUGCAAUCGAACAGUGUGUUAGCUUUCCACGGCAAGAAUGUGCCCAGCAUAACCAUCCUGAGCUAUCUUCUUCGUAUCAACAAAUACUGUCCCACAAGCUACGAGGUGUUCCUCAGCCUUUUGGUCUAUUUCGACCGCAUGAUGGAGAAGGUCAAUGCAGGCGCCAUGCACAACCUACGUGAGAUGGACAAGCAUGAACGCGCUGUUGCUUCCGAACAAGAACUCAGGAGUCCUGCUUCUACCCAAUCUAUGGAGGGUGUGGCACCCCCUAGCCACGGCUAUGCGCAAACAGCAACCCCGCCGUUAUCUGGCGAGCUAGAAACACAAAACCAGGGCGCUGUACCUGGCACUCCUCACAGCAAAGCUCGCCAGCCGGACUCUCCAGCUGCCUCUACUCUGGACGCAGACACUCUAGAUCUCUCACACCUCUUCGUUGUUGAUAGCUUCAACAUUCAUCGACUGGUUAUUGCGGGUGUCACAUGCGCCAGCAAGUUCUUUUCUGAUAUAUUUUAUACCAACUCACGUUAUGCCAAGGUUGGUGGUCUUCCACUGCCAGAGCUCAAUCACCUUGAACUGCAGUUUUUACUUCUCAAUGACUUCCGUCUUUCUGUUCCUGUCGAGGAGAUUGAAGCAUAUGGAACCACCUUGGUCGAAUUCUAUGCUCGAGAAGUUCUGGCUCAAAAGGCAGACCAGGACGAUUAA